AUGACGCGUCAAUAUAAAACUAAAUGUUUCAAAUGUAGAGCACUAUUACAACGUAUUCGUGAUCUUAUAGAUAACAUAACAGUUAUACAUAAGAAUGAAACAUUAGGUAUAUGUGAUUAUUGCAAGCGAUCAUCCUCAAGGAAUAAAUGUAAGAGAUGUGAAUAUUACAUGCAAACAUUUUUAAGUAACGAGACCAAACGUAUAACAAGAGAUUCAGAUAGUAUCUUAGAAUGUGAAGGCAACAAAUCAAGUUGCGUCACUGAAAUGGUUAAAGGAAGAACAAUAGUUCCAUUUCAAAAACAAAAACCUGAACCUGUCAUUAAAAAAAUACCUUUAUUGUUUCAAAUUCAACAUGAUUUCAAUUUACCGACGAUAGAUACUAAUAUAUCGUUAACAUCUAACGAUAUUCCAGAAAAUGCCUUAAAAAGCACAGAUACUAAAACAAAAGGAAAAUCAAUAAAGAAUAAAGCAGGUAUCAUCCGUUAUCAGCUAUCGAAUCGUGAAUUUAUAGACAAGGGUUGGACUAAAUUGCCGUCAAUUAAGGUAUUAAGAAGGACAAACGUUUAUAAUAUGGUACCUUCAUAUUCCAAAUUUGAUUGGUUUAAAAACCAUAAGAACGAGAAAAUGUUAUGCUACGAAUCAAGUGAGAAACUAGCGGAGAUACAUGAAGACGGAUGCGGGAAAUGGUUUUAUAAAAAUGGCAACACCGCAUUAGAUUAUUAUAGCACGCCAGAAUUAAAUUUAGGUAAACGAUGUAUCAUAUACAGUUCACACGAAGAAAACUUACAAAAUAAAAAAUCUCUCAAUGUUAUAGCGUCUUUUGACUACCUUGGGAAUGGAGUCGUAUACGACAAUAGUGGCAAAGUAAGGUUAAAAUAUAAUCAAACGGAAGGAUUCGUGAUCGAUAAAAAUAUUGGCCCACCAAGUCAUUGGAUGUGGCACACGUUGAACGAACCACCAGUUUUAUUUCCAGUCUUUUGUGAUACUUUUGUUGAAAACAAACCAUACUCGUAUCUCAAGAAUAAAAAAGUAGACGAUGAAUUAUACGAUUUUGAAUUAGGGAAUUAUCGCAAGGAGAAAGCGGCUAAAAUGCAGCAGCCGUAUAAGCCCUUUCAAAUACGAAUAAAGGUUGUAAAGAUCAACGAUUAUUUUUCGCUAAGAAUUGUUAACCAAUCUAAAAUUUACAUUCAGUUUCGAUGUGAACAUAUAUGUCUUAAGCUUAAUGUUGGAAUGUUUUUGAAAAAUAAAGAAAUCAUCGAUUCUGACUUCGCUGUGGUCUCUGAAAUAUCGACCUCUUGUGAUUUCUCAAAAAAUGUCUAA